AUGAGACCACCUGUACCUGAGGUUUCCAUGCCUCGAUCCCGCAAGCCUUCCAUCGAGCAGCCGUGGACCGAUGCCCGCAGUACCGCCCCUGCGACCUUUUUCCUAGCCCGCAGUCAUACACAGCACUCGGAAGAGCUCUCGCUGGAAGAUUCGGAUGUUUCGAAAGAGUGUAUGUACGGAGUCCAGAGCCUUGAGGACUCUGUUCAAGAGGCCACCAGAUCCUCGUCUCAGAACAUAUUCGAUCGAUCCAUUGGCGAUAGGCUCUCUUUUGGCUCUGCUGUAGCGGAUCUACGGCCCGAUAUCAGUCUCGACAUCAAUGAAAACGGUAAUGAGGAUGAGAAUGGCGUGGAUGCGCCACCACUCGGCCGUCGUAGAUCCACCAUCAGGCAGUUCGACCCCCUUCGAACAGAGGUCUCUUUGCAGCCACCGUCAGAUCGUGCUUCAUCCCGUCCACUAACCCCGCUCAACCCCGACGAACCUUCGUCUCUUCCCAGCAGCCCGAAAUCUGUCUCUAAUCAAUCUAUGAAGCACCUUGACGACAUUUCUAUCACAGACGAUCUCAGCAGCCACGCGGUGGGCUCCGAGGAUGAGGGCAAUGAUGCUCGCGAAGCGCCGAAUUCGGCUGGAUUCGACAGUACAUCUCAGUUAAUCAUGCCUAGCAUUAGGAUGCCUAGUCGGAGACCAUUCACAGAUCGAGGAAAGACUAUGGGCCGCUUCAAAGUGCUCAUAGCUGGCGCUUGCGGGUCCGGGAAAACCUCUCUCAUCAAAUCUAUAGUACAAGCUUGUGAAGAUAUCGUGCAUGUUGACCCCUUCCCCUCGCUAUCUCCUUCAAACCUGUCAGCUCGCGCGCAGGCCCCAACUGCAGCAGCGGUAAUCUCGGAAAUCUACGCUAGCACCAAACCCUACCCUCCGUGGUGGUCAGAUCUGGAGGAUUCUCGCGUUCUGCGGAGGAGAAAGAGUAGUGGCGAUAUUGUUUUAGAACGGAAUCUAUGCUUCGUCGAUACUGCGGCCAACGGCUUGAGUGGAGUAGGACAAACUGAUGCUAUUGUUCGUCACAUACAGCAACAGCUCCUGCGGGCCACGACGGCCGUGAAUUCCUCUAACACCGAUUUUGAAAAUCUCCUCGCUGGCAACGGCGGAGCACAAGUAGACGCUGUUCUCUACCUGAUCUCAGAGAAUACACUUGCGGCGGAUAUUGAGUGCAUCCGGAAGCUCUGUGACUGGACAAAUGUUAUUCCCCUUAUAUCUAAGUCAGAUCUACUGACUCCCGACCAAAUUGCCACUCUUAAAUCGUCUUUUCACACGAAAGCCCAGAUGGCAUCCAUAAAACCCUUCCAUUUUGGGGAUGCAACUUCCGCCGCGGCAGAUGGACCCUCGAGUCACUCGCCAUUCGCUGUCUCAUCCGCGAAAGUAGAUGAUGAAGACAUCAUGGACGCUAGCACAUUGAUGAGCCCAGACUAUGUCCAGCCUCUGGCACCCUCCGAGCUUUCGCUACUUGUACAAAAAUUGUUCGAUCUCGACAACAUGGCUUGGAUCCGACAUUCUGCUGCUAAGAAGCUUGUUCAGAGACAACAUUACCAAGGACAGCAAUGGGAAGUUUCACGGCACAACACGAACUGUUUUGACGGCCAGAGUACUGUAUCCAGAUCUACCUCCUCAGUCCUCUCCACUAGUUAUCUUGAUGGUAUCACGUCUCCGCCUAGUGGACGCUUCCCCAGCUAUACCAUGGCCCGAAUAUCGGAUUAUACACAACAUGAGGAAAAGAUGGCCCGCGUACAGUUGGCCAAGUGGGCCUCGGACUUGCAGCGAAGCCUUCAAAAUGAACGAGAAAGUUAUGCGGCCUUGGCCAGAGGAGAAAGGGCCGUCUGGCUCACCGAAAGGCUCGGGGAGUGUGUUGUGGAUGGUUCGCUGGUGCCGAUUACAAAAACGCCCGGGUUUUGUGGACUUCGCCGUCCUACGGAGAAUGCAGGCGGUCGCCUGUUCGUCCGCACUCAAGACGGGAAAAAGACGGAAUAUCGAAUUACCAAUAUCAGUCCGCAUGAUCCCUUGGGUAUUGUGUGGUGGUCCGACGACCUCAAACAACGAGGGUGGGCGAUUGUCCAGAUCGUUGGUAGCCUCGGUGUAGUGGGAGGGCUUGCCCUCUGGCUUGCGAAAGCCUGGGGUUUAUCAUCACGCAGUCUGUCUGAAUGGCGCCUUGACUGUUGCAGCACCUGCAAUUAA